AUGGGUCAUCUCAGCUCCUACUUGCGCAAAAUCUCGCAACAAUCUCAUUCUCGGAUGAAUGGCAGCUUCUUGGCCCUUUCCAAUGUGGUACCAGAGGCUGUCUGGGGCGCCGAUCCCUUGGAAUCUCAAGGUGGAUUUCAUAACCUUUCUUAUGAUGCAAAUGCAAGCUUCAACAGCGCGCUAGCAGUCAAUGGUAGCGUCAAAUGGAAAACUGCCCGAGCUCUCACACACAACUUUGCUCCAGAGAAAGCUAGAACGGAUCUCCAUGUGAAUUUUCCAGAAAUAGACUGGAAGUUCACGCAAGCUGUCUAUGGAUGGUCUGCUCUACAAUAUCAGGCCUGGGCGCGCGGAUCAUUGAAUAUUGGCCAUUGGGCCCCUCAGUCCGUGGCAAUGUUCACAAGCAGGCUCCUUGAGAUCGUGAUUGAUGGCAAGCGGCAUUUCGGAGGGGAUUUCUAUGAUUAUGGCACAGCACCCGUCAUUCUUGAUUUAAGUCCAGGUGACCAUGUGGUUGAAUUGCGGCUUAUUCGCGAUGUUCGAGCUUCGGGCGCGAUAGGAGAGCCCACGAUCAUGGUGUCGCUUGUCGCGGAAAUCCGUAACGAACCUCUUAGUGUCGAUAAAGAGAGUCUGCUGUUGCCCGAUAUGUGCCGUGGCAAGCUCGGCAGUCCUUGGGCAUCCAUCAAUCUACAAAAUAACAUCGCGGAUCGGAUUGAGGUUCUUUCCAUCAGCUCAAUUGUAUCCCAGGCCCAGAAGCUUACAUAUUAUUAUGCAGGCAUAGUCUCUUAUGCCAUCCUACGCCCUCCCCCAGUGAGAUGUGCACCUGCUAUUGCCGAAGGAGGUAGCACCUUGCCUGUCAUUGUUGCCUUGCAUGGUGCAGGCGUCAAGGCAGACAGUGUACAAGUUCGUGAGAUGUUGGAUGCCGCAUAUGGUACUUGCGCGUGGAUAUUAUGUCCCAGUGGGGUUACUCCUUGGAGUGGUGACGAUUGGCAUACUUGGGGUGCUGGAGACAUCGAAGCUGCAGUGAGCGCGAUUCCGCAUUGGACGGACAGUACUGGCUUGGAUAUGUUGAGCGUAUCACAGGAAGAAUGGAUCGUCAUCGGACAUUCAAAUGGAGGGCAAGGGGCGUGGUUUUUGGCCACCCAUUAUCCUGACAAAGUAAUCGCCGCAGCACCAGUGUCGGGCUACUCAUCCAUUGAGAAUUACGUACCUUACAACAUGUGGCGGGAUUCCGAGCCUCUGCUCUCCUUCGUGCUCUCGAGGUCACGGUCAAGUUUCAAACAUGAGUUGCUGCUAAGCAACGUUGCGGGUAUCCCGAUAUUGCAACAGCAUGGCUCAAUCGAUGACAAUGUCCCCGCUUUUCAUUCGCGCUUAAUGCAUGAAUUUCUUGGACAGACCCAGUGGCCAUCACAGUAUGAUGAAUUGCAGGGUCAGAAUCAUUGGUUCGAUGGUGUAUUGACCACCCCAUCCCUUCUGAAAUUCUACAAUGAAACUGCCACCUUUCCUCGUCAACCCAGGCUUCCUUUGACGUUCACCAUCACUGUUCCGUCCUCGGCAAAUAUUGCGAAAGGUGGGAUCUAUGUCGAUCAAUUGCGUUCUCCUGACAGGAACGGAGUAGUGCAGGUCACUAGAGAUGCGCAUAGGGGAAUCUGGUACCUUAAUACGACCAAUAUACAUCGCUUCCACCUUUCGUCAAGGGUCUCGAGUUUCACAACACCCUCUGCACUAGUUCUGGAUGGCAAAGACCGCUUUGAAGUGGGUGACAUCCAGCCUGAACGCAUGUGGUUUCUGAAAGAUUCUCGGGGAAGGUGGAAUGUCUCGGAGAGAGCGGAUUGGCGCCAAUUGAAUGAGCGGUAUGGUCGUCAGCUCGGAGCAAUGGACGCCAUCCUGCGCACCAGGGGCACUUUCAACAUCAACAUAUGCUCAGCUGGGGUUGAGCAGAUAGCGGUGCAAAUCAGCCGUAACCUACUACAAUAUUUCGCUGCGGAUUCCCAACUAUCACGGCGAUGCGGCUCCGUAUUUAACUCCGAAGGCAAUCAGGACCAAGUUGUUGAUACCGGGAAUGUUAUCACACUUGCCCUGGGCAACGAACUACCGCCAUCAAAGCAUAUAUCAUUUCCAAUUCGCAUACAGGGUCAAUAUCUCAGUCUUUUCCAGGGUUGUUGUUGGUCUCAGGCAGACACAGAGGCAAACCUUCAGUUCAGCAUGAACCGGGAGUGUAAGGUACAUGAAUUCCCCUUCGAGCGAGGCAUGGGCGCCCUCUUCCUCCGCCCUCUGGAGAAUGAGGGACUCGAGCUUGUUGUGUUGGGCAACCAGAUUUUCUCGUUCUUGGUGAUAAUUGCCGUUGGCAGGGACACGCUGGAGCAUACGCCGCUGGUUUUCUCGAUAGAUCUUGGCAGAUAUCGUCCGGGUCUCAUAUUCGCGUUGAUGCCAGUCUGGAUGAGCAAAUUUUCAAAUAAGGUGCUUGACCAGCCCGUGAGCCUGGUGAUAUUGAGGCAACUAAAGUAUGGUUAUGAGGACGGAUAUGUCAAUCUGGAAAGAACGGAUCGCCGAUCAUCGCGAACAGAAGCCCUUUCAGGCAAUAAGAUAGUUGAAGCACAGUUUAUACAGUUUGGAUGUGAAACAUCGGGACGCAAGCAAUCCAGCACUCCUAACAGCACACCAGACCCUCUGGUGUCUUCCAAACUCGGAAAUUUCCAGCCUACUACUGGUGAAGUCGUCGAUGUUUCAUCCAAUAAGAAGCAGAAGCUGGAGCAUUCGUCCACUGCCUACCCAAGCAGAAGUUCCGAGAUGGAAAAGCUAUUGGCCAAACUUUCUCCCCAGCAUCAACCCUCUGCUUUCAAGCCUGUUGAGAAUCGAGAGAUACUCACGAAGUUGUCCGAGCAACAAGCCUUGCUUGAGCAACAGAAACAUCUCCUGACGAGCAACAGUGCUUUGGAUGAAGAUCAUGUCGACCGGGAUAAGAAUUGUACAGUGAUGCCGCUCACUUCGACAUCGGAAAUAUCGCAUGCCAUUGGCCCUAUAGAUCCUGCUCGCUUUGCCCCAAUGGAUAUCGAGACGUCUGAAGUGCUCCGCCUCAAGAAGGAACUGCUCGCUGCGAAUUCUAAGCUUGCACUCCAGGAGCAAGAACUCGCACAAACACGAGUUAUGAAACACACUUUGGAUCAAGCUCUUGGGACACCCUCUGAAGCUGACUUCAACGGGCGUGAAGUCACCGAGCAGACGAUAAGCCAUUUGCAAAGUGCCUUCAACGCAUCCAACUCAACCUUCAUGCAGCCGCAUGAAGGAUGGAACACCCAUGAUGAUUCACAAUCAGAUGUCUCUGAAGCACUAUCCGCAGGUGCGUACAACAAGGCUCGAGGAUUCUGGUGGCCCCAAUCUCAGCAGGUAUUUGGCAUGCACAUGAAUGCUCCGGCCGGCGAAAAGGCUUACGGUGAGCAUCUGUCUCUCUCAAGCAAUACCUUUGGUCCGGAAGCCAACAGGUUCUGGACCAACUCUACUGCAAGUCUUAGCAUAAAUGGCUCUUUUCAACCACACCGAGUUCUUUCAGGUCCCUCCUUCGGGACCUGUAAUUCCACUACGCAAUACGCUGAGGAUCCAGCUCGGUAUCUUCAUAGCCCAAAUAGUGGUCAGCGACGCUCAGUGCCCCACGUCAAUCGUGCGGGACCUUGCUUUCCAGCCCAGAAUUCUCCGUGGGGAGCGUUUAACACUGCAUCUCCUAGCAACCAGAUUCCGCGAGCCCCUGCAACUCGACCGUGCAGCACGUAUCAGCAGGUGGGUUUAUACCCAAUCCCUCCUUACCAAAGGCCUGUCGGGACCUCGCUUUCGCCCACGGCAAAUGAAUUUACUUCCACUGGCGCGAAUGCGGUGCCCUGGACGACAUCACCGGUCGGCGCAAACACUUUGCAGACAUAUAUCUCUCCUCUUGAACCACUCAACUACCGUCGGCUUCUCGACAAAAAUGUCUCUUGCGACUGGAAAUAUAUAGUGGACAAAAUUGUCUGCAACAAUGACCAGCAAGCCUCUAUCUUUCUUCAGCAAAAGCUCAAAGUUGGAACAGUUGAACAGAAAUAUGAUAUAAUAGAAGCCAUCACACAUCAGGCGUACCCGCUCAUGGUUAACCGCUUUGGUAACUUUCUUGUUCAACGCUGCUUCGAGCAUGGAACUACGGAGCAAGUCAUUGCCAUAGCCAACGCCAUUAAGGGCAACACGCUGAGCCUCAGCAUGGAUCCAUUCGGAUGUCAUGUGGUUCAAAAGGCUUUUGACUGUGUCCCAGAAGAACACAAGGCUGUCAUGGUUCAUGAGCUUCUUCGCAGAAUUCCAGAAACGGUUAUUCAUCGGUAUGCGUGUCAUGUGUGGCAGAAGCUUUUCGAGCUCCGUUGGAGUGGGGAGCCUCCUCAGAUUAUGGCGAAGGUCAAUGAAGCCUUGCGAGGAAUGUGGCAUGAAGUUGCUCUGGGUGAAACUGGCAGUUUAGUAGUCCAGAACAUUUUUGAGAACUGUGUAGAAGAUGAGAAGCGUCCGGCUAUUGAAGAAGUAUUGGCAAAGAUCGAUGUGCUCGCCCAUGGUCAAUUCGGAAAUUGGUGCAUUCAACACAUCUGUGAGCAUGGCGCUCCUCAAGACAAGAGCCGAGCCAUUGAACACGUUCUCCUUUGGUCAAUCGAUUACAGUAUGGACCAGUUUGCCUCCAAGAUCGUUGAGAAAUGUCUCAAGAUAGGGGGCUCCGAAUUUCUGGAUCGCUAUCUUGCCCGAGUGUGUACUGGCCGUACUGAUAGACCCAGAAUGCCCUUGAUCGAUAUUGCUGGAGAUCAAUACGGGAACUACCUCAUUCAAUGGAUUUUGAUGAAUGCUGCACCUCAUCAGCGUGAAUUGGUCGCCAGCCACAUUCGGAAGCAUAUGGUAUCUUUGCGUGGUUCCAAGUUUGGUUCACGCGUGGCAAUGCUCUGCUGCAAUCCAUCACAUACCACCCGUCCCGGACCCGGGGCGGGCAUGCAGAUCGGCCGUUUCAGCAAUCUCAACGAUGAUAGGUAUCACCUAGCAGGCCAACAUGGAGGGCGAUUCAGCCGCGGAAACCAGUGGAAUCCAAACUAUCCACCAUUUCGUUGA